UUUCCGUGGCGCUGCGUGGAGCAGCGAGAGGAACUCGUUCAAUAUGAAAACGAUGACGGGAUCAAACGAAUUCAAACUAAAUCAAACUCCAGAUGAUGGUAUUUCAUCAGUGAAGUUUAGUCCAAAUACAUCUCAGUUUCUGCUUGUUUCAUCCUGGGACACAACUGUCCGACUUUAUGAUGUUCCUGCCAACACCAUGAGACUCAAAUAUCAACAUUCAGGAGCUGUCCUUGACUGUGCUUUUUAUGAUCCUACCCAUGCCUGGAGUGGAGGAUUAGACCAGCAAUUGAAAAUGCACGAUCUAAACACGGACCAAGAAAACCUUGUUGGUGCCCAUGAUGCUCCUAUCAGAUGUGUUGAGUAUUGUCCAGAAGUGAAUGUCAUGGUUACUGGAAGCUGGGAUCAAACAGUUAAACUAUGGGAUCCCAGAACUCCUUGUAAUGCAGGAACCUUCUCUCAACCUGAAAAGGUCUACACGCUUUCUGUGUCCGGAGAUAGACUAAUUGUGGGGACAGCAGGUCGGAGAGUGCUGGUGUGGGAUUUACGGAACAUGGGUUAUGUUCAGCAGCGAAGAGAAUCAAGUCUGAAAUACCAGACCCGCUGUAUCAGAGCGUUUCCGAAUAAACAGGGUUAUGUUUUAAGUUCUAUUGAAGGUCGUGUUGCUGUCGAAUAUUUGGAUCCAAGUCCAGAAAUCCAGAAGAAGAAAUAUGCAUUCAAAUGUCACCGUUUGAAGGAAAAUAACAUUGAGCAGAUUUAUCCAGUUAAUGCUAUUUCUUUCCACAAUGUCCACAAUACAUUUGCUACAGGAGGUUCCGAUGGAUUUGUAAACAUUUGGGAUCCAUUUAAUAAAAAGCGGCUGUGUCAGUUCCAUCGGUAUCCCACAAGCAUAGCAUCACUUGCCUUCAGCAAUGAUGGAACUACCCUUGCAAUAGCUUCUUCAUAUAUGUAUGAAAUGGAUGACAUUGAACAUCCUGAAGAUGGUAUCUAUAUUCGCCAAGUGACAGAUGCAGAAACAAAACCUAAGUGA